AUGUCUGCUUUGUCAGGUAAUAGAAAAAUCAGAAGAGUUGGUACACAAGAAGAAACAAUAUCCAGUGAAGUAACUAAUGUGUACGAAACGUCAAGACAAUCGUGUAGUAAAGAACUUAAUGGACCAAUUACGAAAGAUUUGGACUGCAAAACAACAAUAAAUAAUGACAAAUUAUGUGAAUCAUUGGAAAAAGAUUCAGCCAAUGUGAACGUUGAUAAAGAACAACCGUACAGUAAUGGUGAUGUUAAACUUCAUGUGUCACCAAAAGAAACUCUGAAAAUGAAAGAAUUUUACCUUUUAUCAAUAGUUUGUAUUUGUUCAUAUUAUCCAUUCAUGUUUGUGAGUGUUUUUUAUAAGACAGCUUCUUUCUUUCUCUGGCCUUUAGUUCUCCAUCGUAUUACUUCUUCAUUAGGAUGGUUUGCUACGUUUUGUGUGACAGCAACUGUUUCAUUCAUAGGGAUACUUGUGACUAUACUUUUCCCUGAAACCUAUCAUACACAACCAUCAAUAUCAAGUAGUUUUGAUGGAGACAAAUAA